AUGGACAACGCAACAGACACGUCGAUAGACAAAAUUGUGGAAAUCGUGUCAGAUGGCGAUAUUCUUCUAGUCGUCGGACAAGGCAAGACAAAGCUUCGUGUCAAAUCUAUGUUAAUGAAGGCAAUCUCAAGUCCUUUCUCCGCCAUGCUCGGGCCAAACUGGAAGGAAGGCCAUGAUAUGCGACAUCAUGAUGGCCCGUAUCAGCUAUCGCUGCCGGACGACAAUGCUACUGCAUUGGAAAUCAUAUGCUCUGUUAUCCACUUCCAGAACGAUAGGAUCCCUAUCUUAACAUCCAGGCAGAAAUGCCAGCGAUUCUAA